CACCAAACUUCCGGUUAAACACGAAGUUGACCAACAUGGAACUCCAACAUGGAAUAUUUAGCAGUUUGUUAAGAUUACAGAAUUAAAUCCAGUAACGUUAGGUCUACCUUAAUUAUCAGGAACAUAUAAGAUCACCUUGGUUAAUUUCGGACCAAAGUAGGGGUGUUCUCAGCGCAGUAAGGAAACUUUGUCAAAGGCGUAAUUAAAAUGAUGUCAAAAAUGGACAAACACGAUUUGGACAGUAGCUUAGAUUGAGCAAAUAUGGAUAUUUAAAAGCUAAAAAGGUAAAAAAGAAGAUAGAAGAUAGAAUACCUCAAAAUGAGAGACAACACAUGUUUCAUCACUUGUUUACCAGAUGGGACAAGCCUCCCUGAAGUUGUGGAAUACUGGAUGGAAAAAACAUCCUCUUCAUUUAUCUUGAUUGCAAAGUUUCAUGAGCUUGUUAUAAAUUUUAAUCCCCAACAGAAUACAAUUGAUAGAAUUAAAGACAUUCCCGGUAGUAAACGCUGUAAGAAUUUGGCUGAGAUUCAUUCCAAGGAAGAUGAAAAUGUUAUGGUGAUCAGAGAAAAUGGUGAAAAUCAUGUACAAGUACAUGAGGAAUCAAGCGAAAUCAACUCUAUCAUUGAGAAGAUUAAGAAGCAAGCAAUAAUGAGAAAAUGUUUUUUAAAUUGGGAGUUAAAGAAAGAUUGUAAUGAAUGCACAAGCCAUCAAAAACAAACUCAACCAAAUUGUAAUGACCUUUGUUACAAUAACAUUGAAUGUGCUGAUUGCAUCUCUGCAGAAGAAGAUCAUAGAAUAGGAAACACAAUAUAUUUGCCAACUGUCAUAAAUAGCCGAAAGUACAGAAGACAUUCUUUAGAAGAAGUUAGAGAUGAAGAAAGAGAUCCCAUUUUGCUUGGCAUUGGUUUUGAUGAUAAUGGUUUUUCAAUUUCAUUGUCUGAUUGUAAGAAUAAGAACAGAAAUGAUGAAAAUCAUGAUGCUGAAAAAAACCUCAACAACGAUGUUUUGCUUGAUAAAAGUAAAUUGAAUGCUACCAAACUGCAUCUAGACUUACUGGAAAUAUGUUACUGGAACGGUCUAAUAGGCAUGAUUCGUGAAAGAACCACACUUCCGGAAAUGCUCUUCUUUCACAUCGACAUUGUUGCUUAUCCAAGUAGACGACGAGUAAGGAGGCGUUCUCAACAACAGGCUGAGGAACAUCCUAGAUAUCAUGCACAGUGCACAGAGGAGUCAAAAGUACAGGACAGGGAAUCGAGAAACUAUGACAUUGUCACCUCAACAUCGCCUGUGUUUUCCGACAGGGACUCAGCAACCGCCACCAACACCCCUCUCCCUGUAACACCCACCCUCAAUAUCCCAUACGCCCAGGAGAGGGCCCGUCAGGACAUGGUCCAGGGGCAGGGCCAGCACAGUAUAGCAGGAGGGGGCAGAACAAACCCUAGGCACCCCCAGUACCAGGACCAAACGGCACGACAGAGGUCAUUUACUAACUGGCCUGCAACAGCCCAUCAGGCACCGGCACGCAUGGUCGAGUUUGGAUUCUUUUAUACAGGUCAUGAUGUAGACAUUCAUUGGCCCCCGCCACCACAACUGAUUGCCGAUUGUGACCAUGCUGAGGCUAUUAGAGAGAAUCAGCGCCUAAAAAGGAUCCUGAAGUGUAUUCAGUGUAAGAGAAAUGACUGUAAUUUGCUAUUCUUGCCAUGCAGUCACCACCGCCUGUGUGUGCCAUGCGCAGAAAAUAUCACCAACUGUCUGGUGUGUGGAAGAGAGGUGGAGGAAAAAGUGAAAACGUACAGGUAACCCCUGUUUAGCAAGAGAGGGGUAUAGGAAAAGCAUUGAUUGAUGUUAUUGUACGGCUUUUGUAAAUCGAAAUGUCUUUUGCGUAAUGCCUGCAUGAUUUCUCUUAGGUGUCACCUGUUUAUCAUAGAAAUAAUAUAUUAGGGAUCGCAUGGUGUUUUUGAUAGUGUCAACCAUCAUAUUCAUAAUUUCAAAGAGGAAAAGGAUUGGUUAGCUAUAGCAGUUUCGUAAUAGUUUUGUGAAUCAUACUCAAAAAUGAUGAAAAACGGUUGCAAGAAAACGACAAUGUUAUGAUCAAAUAUAAGCCGCAAUAUCAAGUGAACUAUUAUUAUAGUAUCACCAAUGACCAAGUAUUGUCUAUUCUAUCUGCCAGUCUUGUAACCUAUGAGUAAAUGAAGGAGCUUUUUUGAUUUGAGUAGACUUGGAGAUGAAUUAUGUUUCUUCAUGUAUGUGUGUGUUUUUUGAAACAACCAUGUAUGUUGACAGUGAAUUUGGCGAAUGUCUAGGGAAUCUGAAAAAUUGUAUUUCACGUGGUAAAGGAAAUAACGUUUUAAAGGCACAUAU